CCGAGGGGCGGAAGCGGCGGGCCGGCGGCGGGGCCGGGCGGGCCAUGAAGCUGCGGCGGGGCGCGCUGCGGGCGGCCCUGGCGCUGCUGCUGCUCCUCCCCCAGGCCGGCGCCGUGGAGCCCAUCAGCCUGGGGCUCGCCAUCGCGGGCGCCGCCGCCUCCGCCCUCACCGGCUUCAUCUCCUACCCGCGGCUCUACUGCUACUUCAGGGAGUGCUGCCUCCACCGGCACGACCAGCGCGCCGCCGCCGCUCUGCAGGACACCUUGGACAAGAGGCUGUUCGGGCAGCACCUGGUGAGCAAGGUGGUUGUGAAAGCCGUGAGGGGCUUCUUGAACAACACCAACGCCAAAAAGCCCCUGGCGCUCUCCUUGCACGGGUGGACUGGGACAGGCAAGAACUUUGUCAGUAAGAUCGUCGCCGAGAGCAUUUAUAAAAAAGGCCUGCAGAGUAAAUACGUCCAUCAGUUCGUCGCAACUCUGCACUUUCCUCACGCUCACAGCAUCAAUCUCUACAAGGACCAGCUGCAGUCGUGGAUCCGGGGAAAUGUGAGCAUCUGUCCCAGAUCCCUCUUCAUCUUUGAUGAAAUGGAUAAAAUGCACGCGGGACUCAUUGACUCAAUCAAGCCCUUCCUGGACUACUAUGAGCUGUUGGAUGGGGUGUCUUAUAGACAGGCCAUCUUCAUCUUCCUCAGCAACGCAGGAGCUGAAAAGAUAACAGAGGUGGCACUGGAUUUCUGGAGAAAGGGGAGGACGAGGGAAGACAUAAAGCUCACAGACAUCCAAAAUGCACUGUCUGUGUCUGUCUUCAACAACAAAAAUAGUGGGUUUUGGCACAGCACUUUGAUUGAUAAAAAUCUCAUUGACUACUUUAUCCCUUUCCUGCCUCUGGAAUACAAACAUGUGAAAAUGUGUGUCAGGGUUGAGGUUGAAUCACGUGGCUACACUGUGGAUGAAGACAUUUUAACCAGAAUAGCUGACGAGAUGACCUACUUUCCCAGAGAGGAGAGAAUUUAUUCAGAUAAAGGAUGUAAAACUGUGGAUGCAAAGCUGGAUUAUUACUAUGACUUCUAAUGCUUUGUUGCUGCAACCUGCAAAGAAGCAAAUUUAACUUAAUCACAAAGUGGAGGACCCGAGACAUUUCAUUUUUUAAGUACUUUUUAAAAGAAGGAACACUAUUUUUUAACUGGUAUGUGAAUAAGCAGCAGUGCCUCUGCAUUUUUAUUCUGUCACCAGUCAUGGCUCCUGAGCACUCCAGCCUUGUGCUGUCAAGGUAAGAAGGAACUGCUUUGGGAAUUCCUGGAAUUCUGACAGGGCUGAAGACUCCUUGGAUCAUGUGUUGAUCAUCGGAACCGUUUGGCAGACUGUUGACAGGUACAGAAGGACUGAGACUAUGACCUAAUUUUAAUUGGAUUUUGCUCUGAUGUGGAUGAUCUCUAGACAAUACUGAGAAUUUUAAUCAAAGUUCCUUUGUCUGUGAAAGGCUGCAUUGGUCCUGUGUGGGGAUAUGCAUUAAAAUAGAAUAUGUGUCUUUUCUCCCUCAACGGUUUGAGUCUAGUAAAGAUAAGGGGGGGAGGGAUUCUGGAAUUAAAAAAUCUAGGCUCUUCUAUCCAACAUCAUGUAGUGCCAUUGUCUUUCUCAAAACAGUGGUAUGAUUUGGUCUUCUGUGUGUCAAACCAAGGAUAUGAAACUCUUUGUUAUGAAUACUGUUCAGAGAGCAGACUUAAUGUUAUAAGGAAGAGAGUUAAAAUCCUUGGCUGCCACAUCACUGUAAUUAGUUGCUAUUUUUGGUUAGUUUUUAUGUAUAAAGUUGCCCACAGCAUGCUCUCUCCCAGGGGUGCUGUCAGGAGGGAGAACAGUGUGCUCCUGGACUGGUGAGUCAGCUUCAUGGAAAGGGUGUAAUGUGAUGGCAAACGUGUACAGAUUAAAUUUUAAGCCAUGGAAAUGGAAAAGAGGUUUCUCUUCUUCACCCAUGUGUCAAAUUCAGGGGCCAGCAUGCAGGAUUUCCCAUUUUUUUUAUCUUCUCACAAUACUGUGUGCCUUUGAGACAGAGGGGUGGAGACAACUCUGAAGGCAUUUGAAAAAAAAAAAAUGUGUCAACCAGUUACUGCAAAGGGUGUCAGACUUGUUUCUGAAUGUGAGCACUGCAGAGGCUUUUUUCAUUCCAGUUGCUGUUCAAAAUAAACUUUUCUCAUCAGAAAUUUA